AUGAGACCUGAACAAUCAGGCCCGGCUGAUUUUUGUGGUCAGUCGUGUUUGGUGCUACUGAAAGAGAAGUCAAGAAAAAUCAUGCUGUCAUGCUGCCAUGUGUUUGUGCUGGUGCUGUGUCUGUGCUGUGCGGCUGAGGACUUCGACUGGACAAAGAACGGCCACGACUCCUUCUAUUAUGGCACUUUUCCAACUGGAUUUUCGUGGGGUGCCGGCAGUUCAGCCUACCAAACAGAAGGAGCUUGGGACAAGGAUGGCAAAGGACUGAGUAUUUGGGAUGUGUUCUGUCAUAAGAAGGGGAACGUCUUAUUUAACAAUACAGGAGACUCCUCAUGCGAUGGCUACUACAAAUUUAAAGAUGAUGUGUCCCUGAUAAAAGAACUCAAUCUGAAGCACUAUCUCUUCUCCAUCUCCUGGCCUCGUGUCAUUCCAACUGGGAUCAGGUAUGAGUAUGUGAAUGAGAAAGGACUCAAGUAUUAUGAUACCCUCAUUGACCAACUAGUGGAAAAUAAAAUCACACCUAUUGUGACCCUGUAUCACUGGGACCUUCCACAGGUUUUGCAGGAGAAAUAUGGAGGCUGGCAGAACAUCAGCAUGGUGAACUACUUUAAUGACUUUGCCAGUCUAUGCUUUGAAAGAUUUGGAAACAGAGUGAAACACUGGAUCACUUUUAAUAACCCAUGGUCAGUAGCAGUAGAGGGCUAUGAAACAGGAGAACAUGCUCCAGGCCUGAAGCUUAAAGGCACAGGGGUUUACAAGGCUGCUCACCACAUCAUCAAGGCGCAUGCUAAGGUUUGGCACACAUAUGAUCGUCAGUGGCGAAGCAAACAAAAUGGUUUGUUGGGGAUCUCAUUGUCUGGAAACUGGGGAGAGCCAGUGGACAUUUCUAACCCAAAGGACAUAGAGGCAGCUGAGAGAUAUGUCCACUUCUACAUGGGCUGGUUUGCAACUCCUAUCUUCCAUGGAGACUAUCCCCAGGUCAUGAAGGAGUUCAUAGGUAGGAAGAGUUCUCAGCAGGGGUUGCGGACAUCUCGUCUUCCCACCUUUUCCUCUCAGGAGAAAGGUUACAUUAAAGGCACAUGUGACUUCCUAGGAGUAGGGCACUUCACUACACGCUACAUAACACAGACGUCGUUCCCUCCGGACCAUCGUAGCUCUUACUACAAAGACCGAGACCUGGCUGAGCUGGUGGACCCACGCUGGCCUGAUCCUGGAUCAGAAUGGCUCUACUCCGUGCCUUGGGGCUUCCGGCGUCUGCUAAACUUCAUCAAGACUCAGUAUGGGAAUCCCACAAUCUACAUCACUGAAAAUGGAGUGUCUGAGAAAAUGAUGUGCCCGGAGUUGUGUGAUCACUGGAGGAUCCAGUAUUAUAGGGAUUACAUCAAUGAGAUGCUGAAAGCCAUCAGAGAUGGAGUGAAUGUGAAGGGCUACACUGCAUGGUCUCUGCUGGAUAAGUUUGAAUGGAAUGAAGGCUACUCAGAGAGAUUUGGCCUGUAUUAUGUAGAUUUUAAGAAUAAGAACAAAACCCGUUAUGCCAAGGCCUCUGCUCAAUACUAUAAGAGCAUCAUCAGCGCCAACGGAUUCCCUAAUCUUAGAGAGGUUGAGAACUGGAAGAGGAAUGCUGCAGAGAUGUGUGCAUCUAGCAACCGGCUCCUGGCUGCAGAGGAACAGAGAAGUACAGCUGCCAAUAUUCUAAGACUUAUUCAUGAUCCCUUGACCAGCCACAUGGAGAUGGUAACAGAGAUAGUUGUGCCCACAGUGUGCACCCUCUGCAUUCUCAUCACUGCACUAUUUCUUAUGUUUCUCCUUCGCAAACGCACCUAGCAGAGAAAAUUAGAACUGAGCAUACAUUCAAAUAGCUCAAACAUAUUCUAUAA